AUGAGUGUCACACCCGUAGUAAUACUGACCGGUGCCGGACGAGGUAUCGGUCUCGCAAUCCUCCAGCACCUACUGGCCCUCCCCAGCCCGCCCAACAUCCUCGCCGUAACUCGCACCCUAACACCGGCAUUAAAAUCCCUCUCGAUAACACAUUCAUCGAACCUCGAAACCGUCUCUGUAGACUUCUCAUCCCCACCGUCGGAACUACAAUCCGAAGUGAAAAGUCUAAUCAUCGAUGUUGCAUUAUCACGAUGGGGGAGGAUCGAUUCCUUGGUGUUGAACCAUGGGAGGUUGGAUCCCGUGGCUAAAGUUGGAGAUGCGGAUGUCGGGGAUUGGGAGGUUACUUUUAGAACGAACUUUUUGUCGAAUGUGGAGGUUGUUCAGGCUGCUGUUGGGCAGUUGAGGAGGUGGAAGGGGAGAGUGGUGAUGGUUAGUUCGGGGGCUGCUGUGGGAGCUUAUACUGGCUGGGGUGCAUAUGGAGCUUCCAAGGCGGCGUUGAAUCAUUUGAACCAGACGUUAGCUCUUGAAGAACCGGAUAUUGUGACGGUGGCGAUCAGACCUGGAGUCGUGGAUACGGAUAUGCAAACUGCAUUGAGAGAAGUCCAUGGGAAGGUCAUGAAACCGGAGGAACAUGCGAAGUUUUUGAAUUUGAAGAAGAGCGGGAGCAUUGUUAAGCCGGAGGAUGUGGGAGCGGUAUUGGGGAAUCUGGCAUUGAAGGCGGAUAAAGGGCUCAGCGGGAAGUUCUUGAAUUGGAACGACGACGUGCUCGCGGCAUAUCGAUAA